UAGUGCAAUGACGGUGCGCGCCGUUUUUCGCUUGGGUUUCCGGCGCGUGCGUGCUGCUGUCUAGGCGCAGCGGAGCGGAGCCCGACUGUAGCGUGUGAUGCCAGUGUUUUAGCUCAGCCCGGCGCAGACAUGCUGUGCCGGCUUGGCGGCAGGUGGCUGCGGCCGCUCCCCGCGCCGCAGUUCGCAGUCCGGGUCCCGCCGCUUGCGCCAGCCUCAACGGUCGGCAUGAAGCACUCUGCACUGCCCACUUGGGCGGUGGCGUCAGUCUCUGCAGUUGGCUCCGGCGGCCCUGGCAGCUGGUACGAGGCCCUGGCCGCGUCGACGCCGGUGCAGGGCGCGGAGCAGGUGCUACUCGGCGUGCACAGCGCCACAGGUCUGCCCUGGUGGGCCUGCAUCGCCCUCACCACCGUGGCUCUGCGCGGCGCCGUCACUCUACCCCUGGCCGCCUACCAGCACUACAUCCUGGCCAAGGUGGAAAAUUUGCAGCCAGAAAUAAAAAACAUUGCAAGGCAUCUUAACCAAGAAAUUGCAGUUCGUGCAAAUCAGUUGAAAUGGUCCAAAAGAGUUGCCAGACUCACUUAUCUAAAGAAUAUGCGGAGGCUCGUUUCGGAGCUGUAUGUUCGAGACAACUGCCACCCUUUCAAAGCCACCGUGUUGGUCUGGAUUCAGUUUCCAUUGUGGAUCUUCGUGUCUGUUGCCCUCCGGAAUUUUAGCACAGGGGCAACACAUUCAGAAGCAGGUUUUUCUGUUCAGGAACAGUUGGCUAAUGAUGGGGUCCUGUGGUUUCAUGACCUCACUGCACUGGAUUCCACUUGGAUCCUGCCUGUCUCCGUUGGUGUCGUCAACUUAUUAAUAGUGGAGAUUUUUGCUCUACAAAAACUUGGAAUGUCUCGUUUUCAGACAUAUAUUACAUACUUUGUCCGUGCAGUAUCAGUGCUGAUGAUUCCAGUUGCUGCGACAGUACCUUCAUCGAUUGUCCUCUACUGGUUGUGCUCCAGCUUCAUGGGCCUUUCACAGAACUUGCUGCUGCGUUCUCCUAAGUUUCGCCGACUUUGCCGAAUACCGUUGACCAAGUCAGAUUCAGACACUCCUUAUAAGGACCUCUUUGCUGCCUUUUACGCCAAGUUCAUUUUAAGAAAAUGAUAGGCUUCCUAGUAUUUUGAGACAAUUGGAAGUGUAACUAUCACAAUACAUUUAGGUUUAGAAAUUCAGAUGUGAUUUGUCUUUAUUUAAAAUCAUGAAUUGUGUGAAGUACUAUGGGUUAAGAUAUAAUCAAAAGUAGAUUCAAAAGGUCUGGUUCUGCUUGUAAAAUUACAACUUGCUAGAGGUGUCAGAACUUUAGAAAACAGGAUUAGACACUGAAUGAUGUCAAAUUAUACUGACUAAUCUCAUACAUUAAAGUUUUAUAAAGUAAGAAAAUCCAGUGAGGUGAUUCUUAGAAUUUUGGAGGUGUGGAGGACCAUAGAUCUGUUUGCACAUCGGCUAAAGCUGUGGUUUUCUUUUCAGAGAAAUCCUGGGCCUCACAAUACGGGGCCUUCAUUGACAACCCCCCUUCCUCCACCCCAAGGCUUUCUAGUGAUUUCCUGGUUGAGAACUCUUAUUUCCAUAGGACACACAAUGAUGGGUUAAUGUGUGACUUUUAAAAAAUGAACAAAAGACACAUGCAGUAGAGUAGUCCAUGCAAGAAAGUACCUAAUAUGGGAGGUGAUCCUGCCUUACAGCCUGCUCUGAAAGAGUACAAGACAGGUACAUUCCUUUUUCUGUAACUUAAGAAGUCUGGAAUAGAGUAUAGCAUUAAGUAUUGCUAGAGCCCAAAGUGGAAAAUCUUAAGCAUUAAGUUUAUUUAGUCAAAGGAAGAAAACUGGAAUGGCAGCUACUUAUUGUGGAUGUGAUUUUAUAAACUUCUUUAUUUGGAAGAUUAAGUAUUCAAAUGGGUUUCUUAUGGUAGACGUUUAAUACAAGCAAAAUUAACAGGUAAUAUAAAUUGUGGAUCUAGUUGUUUGCUUGUUUGAUUUGAAAGGAGGAAAAGAUUAAUUGUGGAAUAAUUUGACAUUUAAGAAGGUGAUAAAUUUUAAGUUUUCAUUGAGUUGGAAUACAAAUACGAUCUGAGAUGCCCUAUCAUCCCAUUUUCUGUUUUACAAUAAAGUAAAAACUAAAGCAAAAUCAAUCCUUUUUUGAAUAAUGUCUAUUACAUCUUAGCCGUUUUGAUUGCCACCUCAUUGAGAAUUUAGAGGUAGCAGUUAGGACCUGGUUCUCUUUUCUGACUUCCCAGUCCUGGGUUGUGACGUCUUUCUAAUCAUAGUGAAGGCAUUGAGAUAUACGUACAGUCAAUCCCCGUUAUUCACAGAUUUUGUAUUUGCCAAUUUGCCUACUCGCUAAAACUUAUUUGUGACCCUCAAAUCAGUACAGUUUUUUUGAUGUCAUUCUUGGAUAGACACAGAGUGGCAAAAAAAUGGAGUCAUUCAAGGUCCGUGUUCCCAGCUAGGUCAGACAAGGCAGCACUGUGCUGUCUUGUUUCAGCUUUCAUACUAUUAUAACCAAGUGUCCCUCACAUGUUCUAUUCAGUGCCAUUUUUUUCUCAUUUUUGUGCUUUUUGUUGGUGAUUCUGCUGUUUAAAAUGUCCUCCAAGUGUUGUUAUACUGAAGUGCUGUUUGGGGCGCCUGGGUGGCUCAGUUGGUUAAGCGUCUGACUUUUGGUUGGGUCAUGAUCUCGCAGUUCAUGAGGUUGAGCCCCGCGUCAGGCUCUCCGCUGUCAGAGAAGCCUGUUUCAGGUCCUCUUGUCUCCUCCUCUCUCUGCCUUUCCCCCUCUGAUGUGCUUGUGCGCACCACCGUCUCUCUCUCCCUCUCCUCUCUCAAAAAUAAACAUUUAAAAACAAAUCAAUUAGUCAAUGAAGUGCUGUCUGGUUUUUCCAAGUGCAAGAAUGCUGUGAUGUUCCUUAAUGAGAAAAUACCUGCAUUAAAUAAACUUCAUUGAGGCAUGAAU